AUGCCUCCUCUAGACGCAGAAACUUUAGAAGCUUCAUGGUCUCAAAGUGAGAGCACAGGUAGAAGUCCCAGGCGGUUUCAGGAAUCCAAGAGAAGAAACUCGCGACAUGAUACCAGUCAUGAAAUCCCAAACAUACGAUUAAGGAAGCAGCCAUCUUAUAAUAAAUCCCCUUUCGCCUCUUCCACCACCAAUUUUAAUACAACUCAUCGACCAAAUUCUGACGCCAAAGAUAUCAUCACUGUUCUCUCCGACCAUACAAUUAUGGCUUUUACAUGGAUCCUAGAAAUUCUGAAAGGUGCACUUAGACUUUUGCGAACGCCCCUAUCUUACUUACUUGCUAUAUGCAUACUCUAUGGAUUUUCUCUAGCUGCUAGAAACCUGAUUACAAGUUCCAUCUAUGCAUCAUUAUCUCCUAUUUGUUUUCUCCCAGGAUCAUCAUUGUUAAACUUACCAUUUUGUUCUACCGACAAUGGCGGUCCCGUCAAUAGAGCAAGAGUGCCAGUUGAGUUUGAACAAGUGAUGAUGGUUCAAUCCCAGUUUGAAGACAUUUUAAAGGAAAGCGCUGGUGGAGUCUCGCUACCAUUGGAUAUGAAACGUGGGGAGAGUUUCCUUAGGGAUCUACGUCAACUUGUACGAUAUAGCCAACUCAGGUCAAGGAACGAGCUCGUUCUGGAAUUCGAUGGAUUCAUCGAUACAGCAAAGAUUGCAUCAUGGGACCUUACAAAGUUCAAUAGUCAUGUGGGUAGAGCGGUAGAUAGUGUCAUAUCUAUCACGCGUUGGACCUCACGGGUUCUUGAUGGUAUUCAGGAGCGCGAAAGUUCUCGUGGCUUGAUCGGAGCCUUUGUUAAUGACAAGUUACUUGCACCGUUCCAGCCUAUCAAAUUUUCUGAAAGACUCAUUCUUGAUCAGUAUGUGGAGCAUACUCGAGCUGUGGAAGAAGAAAUUGCUAGAUUGGUGGUCGAAGCACAAGCUCUAUUGCUAGUUCUAAAUAAUUUAGAAGAUCGUUUAGAGAUUAUCCACGGAAUCACAGUAAGAGAUGGAGUUCAAGUACAAGCUAGCAAGGACGAGACCUUAUCGGAAUUAUGGGCAUGGCUUGGUGGUCAUCGAGGCAAGAUCAACAAACUCAAUGGCCAGCUCAAUUUGUUGAAAGAUAUUGGGGACAGACGUAAGAUUGCUUUAGCUCAUGUUUCGGGAACUCUGAUCAAGCUUCAACAGAUUGGUUCUGGUCUAGAGGAUUUACGAGAGAGGGUAGCCGCACCAGAACUUUCACGUGACAGAACCGAUAUACCUUUGUCCGUUCACAUCGAACACAUUCAGCAAGGAAUAACCCGCCUGGAAGAUCAAAAACUUAUUACACAAAAGUCAAAGGAUGAUAUCAUGGAGAGAGUGAGAAAUCGUAAUGAAAUGGAGGGAAAUCUUAUUGAUGGAUGA